AUGGCGCAAAACAUCAAGAACGCUGCCAAAGGCGCAUGGAUGAAGAACUGGUACUCGCCUGAAGUCGUUCCAAUCUAUGUCAUCACCGCCGCAGCUGCUGGUGGUGCUACCUGGUACCUUACUCGCCUGGCGCGGGGACCUGAUGUGAUCUGGGACCGCAAGAACAACCCGACGCCUUGGAACAACGUCGAGCCCGGCACCAACACGAAGCUGAUGGCUGUCAACCACGAAUUUGAAAGGACAUACAAGCGAGACAGGUUGUAAAACAACCAUUUCUUCGAUGCGACACAUUCGUCGCGAAGUUGUACUCUGAGGUGUCGGUGAUCAAAGGAAACUAGACGUGGCAUUCGUCGGCUUCAAUAUGUUGUACGCAAGCAAAGGCGAGCCAUUUUCAGUUUGCUUGCUCCUCUGUGAGGUGAGGCGCCCGUGUAAGCGCUGUCUCUGGAUGAUCAGCGACAAAGCCAUCAUUCCCUUCCCUUGAAAUGAGAAGGUGCGAUGCAGGCCCAGCCAUGCUCUACCGAUUGGAGAAGGGGACGAGGGUGGGACAGGAAGGAGACCCACGAAGGUUGAGAGAUACGUCGGGCUGCCAAGACACUGGCUGUCUGCAUGUCAACUGUAACAGUAUUUACUAGG